GGUCCUGUCGCGGGUCGUCGGUCGCGAUGCUCCGUCGGAAGCCGACUCGACUGGAGCUGAAGCUGGACGACAUCGAGGAGUUCGAGAGCGUCAGGAAGGAGCUGGAGAGCCGCAGGAAACAGCGGGACGAGGCGGAGGCGGCGGCGGGUGGCGAGGAGGCGGCGGCGAUCGGAGCGCUGGGCACGGAGCACAAGAGCCGCGAGCAGCUCAUCAAUGACCGCAUCGGGUACAAGCCGCAGCCCAAGGCCAGCGGCCGCACCGCGCACUUCGGCACCUUCGAGUUCUAACGGGAGCUGCCCCGGCACGCCGGGCCCCAGCCCCGCUCAGCCGGGGCCGAACCGUCCCCCCUCUGAGCUGUUACGUUUUUUGGUUAUGUCCGUGAACGCCCCUUGCCCCAGUGUUUUGUUUUAAAUAAACACGUGGUUUUUUUAAGAAAA